AUGCCGGGGACCACAGCGGAGCCACUUCCUCCCCCCGGGCAUCACGUGCCCACACGGGGCCUCGACGGGACACAGCCACCACCCACCCUGAUACCCAUCACCACCCCACAGAACUCCAUGAACCUGCCCCCGGACAAGAUGAAGCUGCUCAACCAGUAUGACAACGAGAAGAAGUGGGAGCUCAUCUGUGACCAGGAGCGUUUCCAGGUGAAGAAUCCGCCGUCUGCCUACAUCCAGAAGCUGAAGAGCUACUUGGACACGGGUGGUGUAAGCAGGAAGUUCAAGAGGCGAGUGCAGGAGUCAACGCAGGUGCUCCGGGAGCUGGAGAUUUCCUUGAGGACCAACUACAUUGGCUGGGUCCAGGAGUUCCUCAACGAGGAGAACAAGGGACUGGACGUGCUGCUGGAGUAUCUCGCCUUCGCCCAGUGCUCUGUCGCGUACGACAUGGAGAGCGCCGAGAAUGGCAGCCCAGGCUCCGACAAGGGCAAGGGCCUGGAGCGGUCGCUGGAGGACCUGAGCAAAAGCAACUCCUCAUCCCCCACCCAGGGCUCCUCCAAAAUGCGGCACCUCACCGUCAGCUGCUGCCUCUCGAACCAGCACAUCCACACCCUCCUCCGCCACGUCCACCCCAGCGUCCCCUGCGGCGCCCCGGGCAGCGAUGGGGACAGUAGCCCCAAGUCACCCGGCAGCUCCCGGCUGAACCCCUCGCACAGCAGGAAGGCCCUGCGGAACUCCCGCCUCGUCAGCCAGAAGGACGACGUCCACGUCUGCAUCAUGUGUCUCCGUGCCAUCAUGAACUACCAGUCUGGCUUCAGUCUGGUGAUGAACCACCCAGCCUGUGUCAACGAGAUCACCCUGAGCCUCAACAACAAGAACGCCAGGACCAAGGCGCUGGUGCUGGAGCUGCUGGCCGCUGUCUGCCUGGUCCGAGGUGGCCACGACAUCAUCCUGGCUGCCUUCGACAACUUCAAGGAGGUCUGCGGGGAGAAGAACCGCUUUGAGAAGCUGAUGGAAUAUUUCCGCAAUGAGGACACCAACAUCGACUUCAUGGUGGCCUGCAUGCAGUUCAUCAACAUCGUGGUGCACUCGGUGGAGAACAUGAACUUCCGCGUCUUCCUGCAGUACGAGUUCACCCACCUGGGGCUGGACCACUACCUGGAGACCCUCCGCCUCACCGAGAGCGACAAGCUGCAGGUGCAGAUCCAAGCCUACCUGGACAACGUCUUCGACGUGGGGGCCAUGCUGGAGGACUCGGAGACCAAGACAGCGGUGCUGGAGCACAUGGAGGAGCUGCAGGAGCACGUCAGCCAGUUGACGGAGAAGCUGCAGGAUGCAGAGAACGACUCCAUGGCCAAGAUAGCGGAGCUGGAGAAGCAGCUGAGCCAGGCACGGCGGGAGCUGGAGGCGCUGCGGGAGCAGCUGAGCCCGCCGCGGCCACCCAGCCCGCCGACCCCACAGCCCCAGGAGUGCUACCGGCUGGCGCUGGAGCGGCGGCUGGCGGAGCUGGAGGAGAAGGGUUUGGUGCAGAUCCUGCGUGGGCCUGACGGAGACGUCGCCAUCGAAAUCGUCCCUGUUGUCAUAGAAACCCCAGCAGCCCCCGUGGUUACCGGAGAGGCCACCGGCACCGGCACAGAUGCUCCGGCUCCAGCCCCAGCUCCCCCACCUGCACCCGCCGUGCCCCUGCCCCCACCACCCCCACCACUCCCUGGGGGGCUGGAGGGCCCUGUCCCCCCACCUCCACCACCCCCACCCCUCGGUGGGCCAUUUCCAGCCGGGCUGGGUGCCCCCCACGCUGCCGGCGGUUCAGUGAAGGUGAAGAAGCCAAUCCAGACCAAAUUUCGCAUGCCCAUCUUCAACUGGGUGGCACUGAAGCCGAGCCAGAUCGAUGGCACCGUCUUCACGGAGCUAAACGAUGAGAAGGUGCUGCAGGAGCUGGACAUGAGUGACUUUGAGGAGCAGUUCAAGACAAAGGCACAGGGCCCUGGCUUGGACAUCAGUGCCCUCAAGGUGAAGGCCACGCAGAAGGCUCCCAGCAAGGUCACCCUCAUGGAGUCCAACCGAGCCAAGAACCUGGCCAUCACCCUCCGCAAGGGUGGCCGCAACAUCCAGGACAUCUGCAUGGCCAUUGAGACGUAUGACCAGCAAGCCCUGAGCCUCGACUUUCUGGAGCUGCUGCUGCGCUUCCUGCCCACUGAGUACGAGCAGACACUCAUCGGGAAGUUCGAGCGGGAGCAGCAGCCAGUGGAGGAGCUCUCGGACGAGGACCAGUUCAUGAUCCGCUUCAGCAAGAUCCCGCGCCUGGCCGAGCGCAUGAACGUCAUGAUCUUCCUGGGCAACUUCAAUGACACGGCCCAGCUGCUCAUGCCGCAACUCAACGCCAUCAUCGCCGCCUCCAUGUCCCUCAAGUCCUCCAGCAAGCUGCGCAACAUCCUCGAGAUUGUCCUGGCCUUCGGGAACUACAUGAACAGCAGCAAGCGCGGGGCAGCCUACGGCUUCCGGCUGCAGAGCCUCGAUGCGCUUUUGGAGAUGAAGUCGACAGACCGCAAGCAAACACUGCUGCAUUACCUGGUGCGGGUGAUCAUGGAGAAGUACCCCGAGCUGACCGGCUUCCACACCGAGCUGCACUUCCUUGACAAGGCGGGCACAGUCUCCUUGGACAGCGUGUUGCAGGACGUGCGGAGCCUGCAGCAGGGGAUGGAGCUGACCCGCAAGGAGUUCAUGCGGCAGGAUGACAGCAUCGUGCUCAAGGACUUCCUCAAGGUCAACUUGGAGGUGAUGGAGAAGCUGCAGGCUGACAGCAAAACUGCCAAGGAGGCAUACGAGUCAGCCGUGGAGUACUUCGGAGAGAACCCCAAGACCAGUCCCCCCACCACCUUCUUUCCCAUGUUCAUGCGCUUCAUCAGAGCCUACAAGAAAGCAGAGCAGGACAUUGAGCUGUGGAAGAAACAAGAAGCCGCGGCCAAAAAGGCAGAAUCCAGCCCCCCUGGCAGCGAGGAGCAGCCUGAGUUGCCCAUCCAGAAGGCCAAGCGACAGCAGAUGGACAUGAUCGCUGAGCUGAAGAAGAAGCAGAUGGUGAAGGAGCCGCUCAUCUAUGAAGGAAAAGACGGGGCCAUCGAGGAUAUUAUUUCAGAUCUGCGGAACAACCCGUACCGGCGCGCAGACAAGGGCCGCGGCAGCGCCAAGAAGCGGGCUGCGGGGCAGAGCCUGCAGGCGACGCCGGACAUCUCGCUGUGACCGGCGCCGUCCCUGCAGCUGCCAGGACCGGGGCAGGACCACCCUCCUGCUGCAGAUGGGACCGCAGGAUGUCACCCUGUCAGCCUGGGAAGACGCGGGGCGGGGGGACAGUGCCCGCUCCUGGCUGCUCCAGCCGCUUGGCACGCCAGCUCCCACCCUGCAUGUCCUUGGCUCCGGCGCGGGGAUCCCCGGCGCUUGCUUAGCAAAGCCUCUGAGCUCCUCUCCUCCAGGCUGGCAGGGCCGGGGGACCCUCCGGGGUAUGGGCAGGGAGGGGGGCACAUAGAAUGGGCCCCAACUUGUCCUGGAAGGAAAAGAGAGGCUGCCCCAUCCCUCCCCAGAGCUGCUCCAUCGCACACAUCUCAGGGCCAGCCCUGCGCAGUGGUGGGCCCCUCUCUUCAGCUUGCUGGUGCCUUUGAUUUCCCGCUGCAGGAGGGGAGGAGGGUUGUAAGAAGCCGGGGGCGCAGCGCUCCCCGGACGUCUCCCCCCUCUCCCCCAGCCCUUCCAGACCGUGUUCUCCUCCGCUGCAGAGCCGAGCGAGCACGGGCUGCGCCUCCUCUCCAGCGAGGAGCCUGCUGCAAAGAUCCCACCCUGGGCACUUCCCGUCCCCCAGGAGCUGGCAGGGGUGCUAUUUUACAGGGAUUUUAUAUGUCUUCCUUAAAAUUUCUCUGUGCCACAGGAACAGGGACUGGAACACCCAGAUCCAGGGUCUCACCAGGAUCCUGAGGCUGCGGUGAGCAGCACUGGGCUGUCCCUCGCUGCAGGGGAGGCUCCGUAGCUACAGCCAGCAGCAGCAGGGCCAAGGACUGACCGUCCGCAGGGCUCGGCGAGGUGGUACCUCGCUCUGUCCUCCUGCAUCCCCGGCACCCGCCUCCGCUGCCGGGGCUGGAGCUUCUCAGCGGGAAGAGCGAGUGUCAGCCGGUGCUAGGCAGCCUCCAGCCCCCGCAGCACACCCUCUGUCCCCAAAGGCUGCAGGGCCACUGCUGAAAUCACGCAGGAGAAAGAGGCCAGAGAGCUGCACAAACCUCCAGAUAACGCACUGGACUUAAUUCCUCCCCAGCCCUGCUGCUGCUCCGUAAAUCCAAACCACGCGCUGUCGCAAUUAACCCGUUAACGCAUUCACUUCAUGAAACGGCCCCUGCUCGCCCCGCUGCGUGGCUGCCGUGUACAUUCUCACUAGCCCCAGCUUUUAGACCGGGGUAAGUCCUCGCUGUAAGCCAGAGCAGCGACUGCUUCCUGCUGUAAUUAAGAUGCUAAGCGCCGGCCGGCUCGGUAUCACCCAAGCUCAGAGGGGAGGGAAGGGAAAUGAAUGUGUAAGUUAUAAAUGCCUUUAAGCCAGAAAUGUAAAACAUUAACUGCUAAUUUGUAUACAUUAUUUUUAUAAACCGAAGGCCUGUUUAAUCUAAAGCAGAACUGGUAAUAAAACGACCCUAAGA